AUGCAAGACAACCUGCAAGCUCAAAUCCUCUGGAUCAAACGACAGAAAGCUUUUGAGCCGAAAAAAGAGCUUUUAGAACGCAUUUUAAAUGAUAAUCAAGGUCACAAACGUGCCCGACAAAUCAGUGACAGUGGUCCCAGUCAACAAAUAUCGGCGAUGGCACCUCGAAAUAUGGCAGAGAGGGAGCAAAAGAAUGAUUUAUACGAUUUAACGGAAAAUUCAAGGUCAGCAGCUGAUGUAAGUGAUACUGAUCCCAUAGUGGUACGACCUGGCGCUGACACGAUCAGCUCGGUUUCUAGCGAAAAUGCACAACCAGUACGUUCUCGUUUAACUGACAACCAUCCCUCCAGUUCACGUUCACGUAUUUCCAAUAAAAGCUCUGAUAGAACUAGAUCCAACGGAACGGAGCCCUCUCCAAGACCUGGAUCUAUACCCGCUACAGCAUUGGUGGAGUCCAAUAACACCAAAUCCAGCACCUGCAUUUCCGCUGCAGAAAUGCAACCCGGCAAACAACCGCCCAAGCGAAGCUUAAGAAUGAAAGCAGACACAGCAAAUUUAACAGCGGUGCAGGCACCGUCGGGAGAAUCAUACGAAAGUCAUACCGUUUCAGUGCAGGGACAACUCGUGAAUGUAUUAAAACAACAGUCCAAAAUACUUAUGCAAAUGUGCUCUCUUAUCGCGUCUCCAUCAAUGUCAGAGGACGCAAAAAAGAGACAAGUUCAAACGACUUUGAGUCCCUCAAUUGUUCAACUAAAUCGAAAAAUAUUGCACCUUGAAUCAAUUGUGAACGAUUCGGAUGCUGCUACUCCAUCAAAUACAGGUCGCAUGAUCGUGUCUGCCGUUCAAUCCUCACAAAAAGAAGUCUCAAGUACCGCUCAACCCCCCAUAAAUGAAGGUAUUAUGACUGUGCUCGAUGUUGAUAAGGAAGUGGAGAUUAAUAACGCUAAUGAUGGAGUACACUAUGAUGAUAUUGAUGAUGAUGAACCACUGGUAAUAUCUCAGCACAAAGUUGUAACGGAUGAGCGAACAUCACGGUCGCUAAGACAGCACACAAAGGUUAAUUACAGGCUUCCGACAAUGGAAGACAGUUUUGCAUAUAGAGUGGGUAAUAAUGAGUUGAGAGCUAGCAAUGAAGAAGAAGAUCGAACUAUGGAAGCGGAAGAGGAAGACUCAAACUUUUUGCAUACCAUUGAUGAAGAUCAAAACGAGGUUCGUGCUAGUGACGAGGAAUUUAUCGAAGAUGGACUCGAAAAAUUUCUGGAUGAAACCAUAGAUGGUGAAUACCAUGAUACCAACGGCAAUGUUUCGGAUAGUAACGUAGAAGACGGCGACAACUCUACAGCAGCUUCUCAUGUCAGGGUGAUCGACACCAAUGUUGAAUUUGUCGAUUCAUCUCCCAUUCAGUCGAGGCACAGUGACGACGUUGCUAACGUUCAUGUUAACAAGUUCUUGCCACCUACUUUUCCUAAUAAUGGGAUUACCGACGUGGACUAUGAUCCGAUCGUUGACAGCAUCCAGCAAACAUUUCAACCGACAAGUUCGAAUGCUCUAAAUCAAUCUGAAAACUUCGAAACCCUAGAGUUUAGCGAAAGUCGAAGAAGUUUGCAGGCUUCGGAAAGUGUUGAUGAUAUAUUCACCAACAGUGAUUUGGAUGAUUUCGAGGAUUUCGACGCAGAGAGGGAGAAUAAUACCCAAAUAGCAGACCUACGGAGCCUUGACGAUGAUUUGCAGAUAAUUUCAGAGCAGAGGCUAGUACAACCCGCUUCCUCACCUUUACGUGUAAAAGAUGAGAUGACGGAGGUGGAGCCUUUCAUGAGAGGUCGUGAUAAUUCUCCGACACCUACUCAGCUACAGAACAAACAUCUUGAUAGCCGCAGGAACGAGCCUCGAUUUGCAUGGACGGAUGAACUUUAUUAUAAGUUGCAUAACAUUUUCAAGUUGCCUGGUUUUCGUCCACAUCAAUUAGACGCGGUAAAUGCAACUUUGGAAGGAAAAGACGUUUUCGUCUUGAUGCCUACUGGUGGUGGGAAGUCGUUAUGCUAUCAAUUGCCCGCACUCAUAAAAUCUGGAAAUACGCGUGGCACCACCGUUGUUAUCUCCCCCCUCAUUUCCUUGAUGCAAGAUCAAGUCGAACACCUUUUGGCCAAAAAGAUUAAAGCGUCAAUGUUCAGUUCCAAAGGUACUGCUGACCAAAGAAGGCAAACUUUCAAUCUAUUCAUCAAUGGGCUUCUCGAUUUGAUUUACAUAUCGCCCGAAAUGAUAAGUGCAUCGGAGCAAUGUAAGAAGGCGAUUAACAAAUUACACAGGGAUAAUAAAUUAGCCCGAAUUGUUGUUGAUGAAGCACAUUGCGUGUCGAACUGGGGUCAUGAUUUUAGACCUGAUUACAAAGAAUUGCAUUAUUUCAAGACCGAAUAUCCGGAUGUACCGGUCAUUGCUUUAACAGCUACGGCUAGCGAACAAGUUAGAAUGGAUAUUGUCCACAAUCUGAAACUCCACAACCCUGUCUUGCUGAAACAAAGUUUUAAUCGAACCAACCUCUAUUAUCAGGUAUGCAAAAAGGGCAAAAAUGCCAUAUUUGAACUUUGUCAAGAAAUCAAAUCUAAGUUUGCCGGCCAAACUGGCAUUAUUUACUGCCAUUCGAAGAAUUCCUGUGAACAAACAUCAGAAUUAUUACAAAAGAACGGUAUUCUAUGUGCCUUUUAUCACGCAGGGAUGGAACCUGAGGAGAGAGUGGACGUUCAGCAGGCAUGGCAAUCUGAUCGAAUUCGCGUCAUAUGUGCAACGGUCGCUUUUGGAAUGGGAAUAGAUAAGCCCGACGUGAGAUUUGUCUAUCAUCUGACUGUGCCGAGAACACUUGAGGGAUAUUAUCAAGAAACUGGACGUGCAGGGAGAGAUGGUAAUUUUUCUUACUGUACAAUGUUCUACACCUUUCGUGAUGUAAGGACUAUCCAGACGUUAAUCCAGAAGGACCAAAAUCUCGAUAAAGAGAACAAGGAGAAACAUCUCAUCAAGCUUCAACAGGUAAUGCAGUAUUGCGAAAACAAAACCGACUGCAGACGUAAGCUCGUUCUAUCGUACUUCAACGAAGACUUCAAUUCUCGUCUAUGCCAAAAAAAUUGUGACAAUUGCCGAAACACUCAGAAUGCAAUAACAGAGUCGCGAGACGUAACACCCGAAGCUACAAAUAUCGUCAAAUUGGUCCGUUCCAUCCAAGAUGAGAAAGUCACGCUGAUACAUUGCCAAGAUAUUUACAAAGGAUCAAAAAGUGCAAAGAUCAUACAAGCAGGGCACGAUAAUCUGGAAUAUCACGGCAGCGGUAGAGACACGUCGAAGCCAGAUCUUGAACGCAUAUUCUUUCACCUUGUGACCACUCAAGUUUUGCAAGAAUACGCAGUAAUGAAUGGGCGUGGGUUCGCCUCGAAUUACGUCAGAAUUGGUCCCAAAGCACGACAGCUGCUCGCGGGGAAGCUCAGUAUUAAAAUGCAGUUUGCUAUUACUAAUGAGUCCUCAAAAACUGGGAGGCCGCCGUCAGCCACUUGUCAAACCAAUGAUAAUGCGAAAGAGCCGUCAAACAAGGCAACAGACGCACCCAUCGUUACUGAGCAGGGUAGUAUCAAUGCUUUCGCAUAUCGACCCCAUGAGGAUUCAGCGGUUUUUGACUUCAAUCAGGUUGUUGCAAAGGAAAAAACGAGCCCAUUUUUGAAACUUAAGGAUGCAGCCAUCAGAGCGGCUAACAGGCUCUCCUUUCAGAGUUAUACCUCACUAAUCUCUGAUGGGGCGCUCAAACAGAUCUCUAUAACACUACCGACAACAAGCUCCGAUUUUUCACGAAUUCCAGGUGUUUUUCAUUUUUACGAGGCCUUUAAGGCGCUAGAACCUACUAUCUUAGAGAUCAAAAAUCUUGCUACCCGAUCCGAAGACAAAGCUUCGGCAACUGGACAACAUUCUCCUUGGUUUACCGAUGGGGUGGAAUUCCUUGAUGCUGAUGAUCAAGAGGAAAAUGAGGCAAUCAUAGAACAGAUACGGAAAUCUCAAUUCGUGUCGCAGCGCUCAGCUACAGGGUUUACUCAGGCCAGGAGCUCCAAAAAACAGACCACUCAGAAAAGUCAAGGCAAAUACAGGCGGGGAUACAAGUCUAAAUAUAAUGGGAAAUCAUGGAGUAAAAAAUAA